AGGAGGUGCUGCUGCGGCGGCGGCGGCGGCUUGGAAGAGCUCUCCGGGAAGGCUGGGCGUGGCGCCUGCCGGAGCAGCCAUGGCUUCCAUUCUGGACCAGUACGUGGACUCGCUUUCGCACUCGGCUUCCUCGCAGCAGAACCGCGCCAGCCUGGGCAUCCCGCACACGGGGUAUGUGAAUGCUCGCCUAGAAAAAGAGACCCCAAUUUUUAACAAACAGAGGAUUGAUUUCAACCCCCCUGAAAAGAUUAAUAGCCUGGUUGUCUCUUCAAACCAGCUGUGUAUGAGUCUUGGAAAAGACAUCAUUUUUAGGCUUGACCUGGCCAAGGCAGAUGAGCCUAACCAGGUAGAGCUUGGACGAAAGGAUGAAGCCAGAGUUCACAAGCUCUUUUUGGACCACACAGGUUCUCACCUUAUCAUUGCCCUGAACACCAGUGAGUGCCUCUAUUUGAACCGAAGUGCUCAGAAGGUGCGGAUCCUGUCACGCUGGAAAGGUCACUUGAUUGAAAGUGUGGGCUGGAACAAGUUCCUUGGCUCGGAGAUGAACACGGGCCCCAUUUUGGUGGGAACAUCCCAAGGCCAGAUAUACGAAGCUGAGGUCUCGGUCAGUGAAGGCAGUCUCUUCGGCACUAACCCUGACCAGUAUUUUCGCCAGAUCUAUAACCUAGAAGAGGAGGCAGGACCUGCCCCAGUCUGCUGCCUCGAGAUAGAACGAGGAAUUGAUGGGAAGUGCUUUAUCAUUGCCACUACUCGCAAGAGGCUUUUCCAGUUUGUUGGCAAGAUUCCAGAGGGAUCUGAGCAGCAAGCCUUCGGAGCAAUAUUUAGCAUGCCUGCAGAUCACCUGCCUGGCUUCCGCGAGUUUCCAGCUAGCCUUGGCUACAGCGAAAUUGCAUUUUAUACUCCUAAGCUUCGCUCCACCCCCAGUGCUUUUGCUUGGAUGAUGGGCAAUGGUGUCCUGUAUGGAUCGCUGGACUACGGACGUCCCGACUCUAUUCUUAGCGAUGAGCAGGUCUGGGAAUAUCCAUCUGACGUAGACGCGGUAGCCAACAAGCCCAUGAAUAUAGUGCUCACGCAGUUUCAUUUUCUGCUGAUGUUUCCCGACAGAGUGAAGGCUGUGUGUACCCUGAAUGGGCAAGUUGUCUUCCAGGAUGUGUUCUUGGAAAAGUUUGGCUCGCUGAAGCGUAUGAUCAAAGAUCCCGCAUUUGGGCAAAUCUGGAUCCACACAGAAAAGGCCGUGUUUCGAUACAAUGUGCAGCGAGAGUCCCGUGAUGUGUGGAAGAUGUAUACGAACAUCAACAAGUUUGAUCUGGCUAAAGAGUACUGCAAGGACCGCCCCGAGUGCUUGGAUAUCGUGCUGGCCAAGGAGGCCGAAUAUUGCUUCCAGAACAAGAGAUACCUGGAUAGUGCAAAGUGUUACGCAUUGACUCAAAAUUACUUUGAGGAGAUUGCUCUUAAAUUUAUUGAAGCCAAGCAGGAAGAGGCGCUGAUGGAGUUUCUGAUUAAGAAACUGGCUAGCUUGAAGCCUUCUGAAAAGACCCAGACAACCCUGCUGACCACAUGGCUGACGGAGCUGUACUUAAACCGCCUAGGAGUCCUGGAAGCAGACGCAUCAAAACGGGACCUCUACGAGAAGACCCGGGACAAGUUCCGCAGCUUCUUGGGCAGCCCCAAAAACAAAGACUGCCUGUUCAACAACCGAGCAACCAUUCACGAGCUGCUGGCAAGCCACGGGGACACGGAACACAUGGUGUACUUUGCCGUCAUAAUGCACGACUACGAACGGGUGAUAGCCCAUUACUGCCAGCAUGAGAAUUACAACGAAGCACUGGAAGUCCUGUCCAAAAUCAGGGACGACGUGCUCUUCUACAAGUUUUCUCCAGUCUUGAUCCAGCACAUCCCCAAGAAGCUGGUGGAUGCUUGGAUCGAAAUGGGGAAGAAACUGGACGCCAAGAACCUCAUCCCCGCCCUUGUCAACUACAGCCAGAGUGGGAGCACCGAGCAGAUCAACGAAGCCAUACGAUACAUGGAGUUCUGCGUGAGCGAACUGAAGGAAACUCAGCAGGCCAUUCAUAAUUACCUCUUGUCGCUCUAUGCUCUGUGUCGCCCUGACUCGCUGUUGUCGUACCUGGAACGCGCUGGAACCUAUGCCGACAACAUCCACUAUGACCUGAAGUACGCACUUCGGCUCUGUGCAGAACACGGCCACCACCGGGCUUGUGUCCAUGUGUACAAAGUUAUGGAGAUGUAUGAGGAAGCUGUGGAUCUCGCUUUGCAGGUGGAUGUAGAUAUGGCAAAGUCCUGUGCAGACCUCCCUGAAGACGAUGAGGAGCUGAGGAAGAAGCUUUGGCUGAAGAUAGCGCGACAUGUCGUCCAGGAAGAGAAGGAUGUCAAGAAGGCCAUGGCCUGCCUUUCCAGCUGCAACCUGCUGAAGAUUGAAGAUGUCCUGCCAUUCUUUCCAGACUUUGUCACCAUCGAUCACUUCAAGGAAGCCAUCUGCAACUCUCUAGAGGCCUACAACAAGCACAUAGAGGAACUGAAGACGGAGAUGGAGGAAGCCACACAGAGUGCCAAAAGGAUCCGGGAAGAUAUUCAGGAAAUGAGGAACAAAUAUGGCUCUGUGGAACCCCAGGAGAAAUGUGCGGCAUGUGACUUCCCGCUCCUGAACCGCCCCUUCUACCUCUUCCUCUGUGGGCACAUGUUCCACUACGAUUGCCUUCUGCAGGCAGUUUAUCCAAACUUGCCUGCCUAUAAGCAGGCUAAACUGGAAGACCUUCAAAAGAAGCUUUCGGCCACAAGCCAGCCCUCCAAAUCCCACCACCGGCCUAAGGACACCGAUACUUCUAGCCAAGGAAAGGGACAGUUAAGCCGUGAGCAGAUGAAAGCUGACAUUGAUGAUAUUGUGGCAGCUGAAUGUGUGUAUUGUGGAGAGCUGAUGAUCCGGUCUAUUGACAAGCCUUUCAUUGAUCCACAGAGGUAUGAAGAGGAGAUGCAGAGCUGGCUGUAAGGACGACAUGUUCCUUCCUGCACUGGAGCAUGAAACUGCUUGCAGAGAGAGCAUGAGGCUUGGCAGCUAGCCACCAGGCACCUUAGGCACGUGAGCUCGGUGGGGAUUUGAAAAAGUAUUAUGCGAGUCUCACAAUCUGUAUGUUAGUGGGGCAAAGUGGGGUGUCGGUAAUGGUCAUUGCUACUAAGGCAAUUAUAUUGAAGCUCUACAAAGCACUCUUAACAGCUGCCUACACAAGGCUUCUUUAGAGACAUCCUUAAUAUGAAUUCUAAAUGGAUGUUUUUCUUGCUGAGAGGUAACCAAACAUUACCGCUUGUGUUACCAUACCUGGAUUACGCCCAUAUUUCGAUAAAGAAUUGGGCCGUG